CAACCAAACUUAUGUAGACCCGGACUCAAACGCUACCACUAUGCCUGUGGGUCGAAUGAACGCUACAUUUGAAGGAGGAUUCAAACCAGCUCCUUGGAAAUGCCGCAAUGGGACCCUAUAGCGCGCUAUCGAGGACCUCGCUACAAAUAUAACAAUCAGCAUGCUGAGCGCCUCUGAACUCCUGUCCCCAAACUCAACAAUAGUAGAAAUCACCUUCCUCCCAACCCGCAACGUCUACCACUACAACCCCUCCCCGCUCCUCCUCUCCUACGGCCUGGCCCUCCUCUUCGCUAUUCUAGGCGUCGCCCUCGGUCUCUACGCUUUUCAUCUCAAUGGCGUUAUUCAUAGCACGGCGUUCUCGUCGAUCGUGGCGACGACGAGGAAUAGGGAGUUGGAUGAGUUGGCGAGGGGGAAAUCGCUGGGGGCACUGCCACGGGAUGAGCGGUUUGGGGGUGUGAGGUUGAGGUUUGGUGGGUUGGGUGGUGGGGAUGGGGGGAAUGGAGGGGAAGGGGUGGAGCAUGUGGGGUUUGGGAGGGAGGAGGGGGUUGUGGGGGUUAGGAGGGGUGGGAGGUAUGUUUAA